AUAUUCCUGCAGGAAAAAAUACCCAGUGAAGAAUUUAGAAAGACAAGAAUAUGAGUAGGGGAAGAAAAAUAGGAGGGAAAAUAGAAUCACCUUCCAUUAGAGAGACCUCAAAAGAUUGCUUCCAUGGUUGCUAUCCAACUCCUUUUCUCAGCUUGCCUGAUCCCACCCAUCAUUCCAAGUCCAAGCAAAGAAGCAGUGCCACCGCUUCCGGUUGCAACUUCACCGCUGCCACAGCUUCUUCCCUCCCUCCCAACACCAAAUUCACCAACCAUGAAUCCCUCCCUUUGUUGGAAGAAUCAUUCUCUAACUUCAAUAAAGCAUAUCCACAAUACCCACAGACCCAAGAGGCUGACCAAAUCAGAGCACAAGAAUACUACCAUCUCUCUUUCUCCAGUCAUGUAUGCCUUGAUUACGUAGGCCAUAGCCUCUUUUCCUAUUCCGAACAACAAAACCAUUACUCCACUGCUUCAAAUAUUGCCUCUUCCUCAUCAUCUCAUGUACCCUUCUUUAAUAUCCUUUACAAGUCAGUAAAUUUGAAUUCUCAAAUUCUGUAUGGUGGCCAAGGGUCGGAAUUCGAAUCCAAAAUGCAGAAAAGAAUCAUGAGAUUUAUGAAUAUCUCCGAAGAUGAUUACUCCAUGGUUUUCACUGCCAACCAGUCAUCUGCAUUUAGACUCCUGGCAGACACUUUUCCGUUCCAGUCCAAUCAAAAUCUUCUUACAGUCUAUGAUUACGAGAACGAGGCAGUGGAAGUGAUGAUCAGAAGUUCCGAAAAGAGAGGCGCCCAAGUCGCGUCAGCUGAAUUCUCGUGGCCUAGUUUGAGGAUCCAGUCCAGAAAGUUAAGGAAGCUGAUAGAGAGCAAGAGGAACAAGAGCAAUAGGGGAUUGUUUGUUUUCCCACUCCAGUCUAGGAUAACUGGAGCUAGGUAUUCUUACCUAUGGAUGAGCUUGGCACGGGAAAAUGGGUGGCAUGUCUUGCUUGAUGCUUGUGCAUUGGGAGCUAAGGACACGCAGGCCUUAGGCCUCUCUAUGUUUAGGCCAGACUUUAUUGUUUGCUCCUUUUUCAAAGUUUUUGGAGAAACCCCAUCUGGUUUUUGCUGUCUGUUUGUCAAGAAAUCGAGUGCUAAAGUGUUCGAUGACUCAACCGUAGCUCCUGGAAUAGGGAUCGUGAGUCUUGUCCCAGCCAAAAGAACAUCUCAGUCCCCUGAAGAACUUGGACAAACAUCAAAAUUCAACAUACAGAAAGAUGAAACCAAAGAAGUCCUUGUAACACAUAAGGAACAAUCAUUCUCUGAAAUUGUGGAAUUAGAGAAUACCCUCAACUCUGCUCAAUCCAGAAGCGAAACCAGCACUGAUGGGAGCUCGGAGAUUGGAUGCAGGGGCUUGGACCAUGCGGAUUCAUUAGGCCUGACGUUGAUCAGUCGCAGGGCAAGGUACCAAGUCAACUGGCUGGUGAAUGCAUUGAUGAGUCUUAGACAUCCAAAUUCAAAUAAUGGGCCGUGCCUGGUAAGAAUCUAUGGACCUAAAAUAAUGUUUGACCGAGGACCAGCCGUGGCAUUCAAUGUGUUUGACUGGAAAGGAGAAAAGAUUGAUCCCACACUUGUACAGAAGUUGGCUGAUAGAAACAACAUAUCUCUUAGCUAUGGAUUUUUACACCACAUUUGGUUCCCGGACAAGUAUGAAGACGAGAGGGAGAGGAUAUUGGAGAGAAAAAGCAGUGCUGAAGAGGAAGGGUCAGUGGGAAGUAAGAGAAGAGAGAAUUUUCAUUUAGGGAUAUCAGUAGUUACAGCAUCACUUGGGUUCUUGACAAACUUUGAGGAUACCUAUAGGCUCUGGGCAUUUGUAUCGUGCUUUCUGGAUGCAGACUUUGUGGAGAAAGAGCGAUGGAGAUACAAGACCCUUAAUCAAAUAACAUGUGAGGUUUAGACUAGACUUGUUUUUAUCAUUCUUUGCCACUAUGAGGAGCAAUAGUUUAGUGUUUACUGUAAGCUUUUAGUUAUGUUAGUUAAAAUAGAUGCACAUAAAGUGCACACCAAGUAUAACAUUAACAGUAGAGAUCUGUUCAUUCAAA